UCGACACAAACAGCCGCAACAGCUGGAAGCUAUUAAAGAUGGCCGCCGCGACUGUUGUGGGGCUCGAUGCCCACAGGAUGGAGGAUAAGAAGUUUGAGUAUUUUUCCUCCAUCAACUCCAUGGCCAAGAAGAUAAUGCAGGAGCGGGAAAAAAUCAAAACCGAAUACGGCUCGUCGUGGGAGCAAAUGACGCCGCAGGAGCAGGACACCGCCAUCGACAGCUGUAUGAUGGACCCGCACAUCCGAGCCCGAUACGCAAUGCAUAAAGUUGACCGAGACGAAGUGGUCUGUUACCCCAAACUCCUCAUUCAGACGGGCCAGAAGAUAGUUCACUUUGGUGAAGAGGACAUUACGUGGCAGGAUGAACAUUCUGCCCCCUUCUCCUGGGAAACAAAGAGUCAGAUGGAGUUCAGCUUGGCCCCAGGCUCCACAGAUCAAGUGAUCACCGUUUCCCAGGUUGACACCAAGACUGCAAAGGUUUCUCAUUCCAGUCAGCCUGGCAAGACUACGCCAGGAACCAAGGUAUCUGUGAGUGAGGGACGAAGGCCUGAGGAGGAGUCAUCGUUCUGGAAGAUCAGUGCCGAGAGGUCAAGACUGGAAGGUGAGAAAGCGGACUUCCAGUCCUUGACCCCCAGUCAGAUCAAAUCCCUGGAGAAAGGAGAGAAACCCCUCCCUUCCUACCUCAGACCGGAGAGCUCCUUGAACUCCAAGGAGCCUGAGGCAACAGAGUCUCAUCCUCCAGUUGCUGCCAAAAGCAUCAAGCCGAGAGCGCCCAAGCCUCCUGCCCCCCAGCCCCCCGCCCCCACCGCCGUCAGUGCAACGCCCGCAUCCAUCUCCAUCGCCCCAGCCCCUGUCCCACCUGUCAGCGUCUCUGUUGGAGGCUGGGAGAGAUCUCAGAGCACCCUGCCGUCAGUCAGCAACACUGUGGACGAAAUGUUCUCCUCUAGCUUGAUGUCGAAGCCUUCUAACCCCGCUGCUGCUGUGGAGAAGGAGGACGAGGGGUCGCCCAACGUGGACAGCGCCACCUUUUCCCAGUUUAACACGAGCAGCAACAUCCUGAAGACUGGAUUUGACUUCUUAGACAACUGGUAACCCUCGUCUGAGACCAGUUACCGCCUCCUCAUCAUCACUUUCAUGAAGGACCACACUGCCAUGGCCACCAACAUCCCCUUCUAGAUUUAAGAGACGCCGUUCUUCAAAAUGAUCACGUUAUGCUCGUCAUCAUCCUCAGUGGUUUGUUGAGACAUGAUCUCGCCUCCUUUAUGCUGGCGCUUUGUUUUAUUUUUUUCUUCCAUCAUCCUUUCUGAUGUUUAAACUUAUUGCCAAACACUCAGUUUUACUCCUACGGUGCACGUGAAGAUAAGCUGAAUGGCAUAGGAAUAAAAUUAUUGGACAUCAAGUGAGGUUUCCAUUUGUGGACAUAUUUGAAAACUUCUGCAAAUAUUAGUCACAAAAAAUGUUGAUUUGUUGCUGAAAAUGUGGCUGCAGUGUCACGGAGCUCCUACUUUAGCAAACAGUUCUUCACUACGAAUCUAAAACUGUCAAAUUCAGUUUGCUCUUCUGUGCUUUUAUUUAUUACUAUACAUAUUUUUAAUGCAUAAACCUCCAGGUUUUAUAGAUUGUAGUCGUCAGUGGUGUAGUCCUGUCCUGCAGAUAUUAAACCGUUAGUUACUGGGAAGUAUUUAAGACUUGAUGGGAAAAUCAUGUCAUUUUGUCAGAAUAUAUUUUUAAUUUAAAUAUUCCAAUCUAAAAUUAAACUUGUUCAUUUAGGGAUUAGGACAAAGAUGGUAAAGCUGAAGUCCUGGUAAUGGGUUGUGUGCCCAGAUGUUGAAGAUCUUGUACAGAUGUAGCUCCACACCGACACUUCUCACUACAUCACAACUUUCACCUUAAACCAAAGCGGCGCAGAUCUUUAUGCUUUGAUAAAUAUCCGUAUACACAUCGAAACGUUUGCCUGUUGGGAAACAAGAGUGGCAGGGAUCAUGUUCGUGUCCCAGCCCAAAACAGAACCUAUCUAGAGAACUAUUUUACCGAGUUUUAUAUUUUAAUCCUCUGAUUGUAUCUUCUGUUGUGUGAAUAAUGCACUCAUUCAUUUAUUAGUUUGAAAAUAAAUGAAAUGCAGAUGUUUGUUUUUCUGUCAAAUUAAUUUUUAACCACUUUACUGUUUUAUGUAAAGGAGUUAUUUUGUUCUAGAUUGUGUGUUUAGAAUAUAAAAAAACCAAGUAGGGAUGAAUGACGAACAACGCGAAGUGUCACGGUUCAGAACCAUCAAACCGCCGAGGUCUCGUUUCUGAAAAGACUUUACAGAG